CUUGCGUCGUUUGUUUUCUGUCUGUCAACACAACGUGUAAACAGCGACACACGGAACCGAACUGUGGUGAGACGCUGCAGGCGGUGAGCUCACGAAAAUGCGUUUUAAUAAGUAACGGAAGGGUUAGCUUAAGUGCAUUUUUUUUACUUUAAACCCUAGCAGUGUAAGUAGAGAAGCCAUCUUUUGGGGCUGUUUAGCAGGAAGGAGGCAACAACUCCAAGGCGCUCCUCGACGACCAUGGCAGCGGCGACUGUUGUGGAGGCUGAUCCGGCGACUAGUGAAGGCGGUGCCGCCUUUUCUGGCGUUCAGGGCAAGGGCUGGGAUGAAUCUCAGCUCCGAAAAUACUCUUUCCCCACUAAGCCCAUUCCUAGACUUUCUCACACGGACCCGAGGGCGGAGAUGCUAAUAAACAACGAGGAACCGGUGGUUUUAACGGACACAAACCUCGUGUAUCCAGCCCUCAAGUGGGACAUCCCGUACCUCCUGGAGAACAUUGGAAAUGGAGACUUCUCUGUUUACAUGUCAGAAAACCACAAAUUCCUUUACUAUGACGAGAAGAAAAUGCCCAAUUUUGAGAACUUUGUCCCCAAGUCUCAGCGAAUGGAAAUGAAGUUUUCUGAAUUUGUAGAUAAAAUGCAUAAAACAGAGGAAACGGGAGGAGAAAACAGGGUCUAUUUACAGCAAACUUUGAAUGACACCGUAGGAAAAAAGAUUGUCGUCGACUUUCUUGGUUUCAACUGGAACUGGAUCAACAAACAGCAAGCCAAGAGAAACUGGGGCCAGCUGACGUCCAACCUGCUUCUUGUAGGCAUGGAGGGAAAUGUAACUCCAGCACAUUACGACGAGCAGCAGAACUUCUUUGCACAGAUCAAAGGCAACAAAAGAUGCCUUCUUUUCCCCCCAGACCAGUUUGAGUGUCUCUAUCCGUACCCCGUCCAUCAUCCUUGUGACAGACAGAGCCAAGUUGAUUUUGAUAACCCAGACUAUGAGAAGUUUCCAAAUUUUAAAAAUGCUGUUGGAUAUGAAGCCGUUGUGGGACCUGGAGAUGUGCUUUACAUCCCCAUGUAUUGGUGGCAUCACAUUGAAUCCUUAUUGAAUGGUGGAGUGACGAUCACAGUAAACUUCUGGUACAAAGGAGCUCCCACGCCUAAGAGGAUAGAAUAUCCACUGCGGGCUCAUCAGAAAGUUGCUAUCAUGAGGAAUAUUGAAAAAAUGCUGGGAGAAGCACUUGGAGAUCCACAUGAGGUUGGGCCUUUACUGAAAACGAUGAUCAAGGGGAGAUAUGAUCAAGAUUUCAGCUAGAAUCCUUUCAGAUGGAUGACUUAAAAAAAAAAAAAAAACCCUUCUUGCAUGUGAAAGCAACGCCGUUUUUGAAUCUGUCGUCGGAGCUCCGUGUGACUGCAUGGCAGCAAUUGGCCGCAUGGAAAUGAUUCUGCUUCAGUCUCUAGAAGGUGGCAUUAUCUUUCAAAGUACAAGAAUUAAAGAAGAACCACCCGACCCAUGGGAUUUUGACCUACUUGAAGUUUUCGAUUUAUGGAGUAUUUCAGUCAAUCAGUGUUUUAGCUCAAAGCCAAGAGCGCGGGGGGCGGGGCCUCGGUUGUCUGAUAUCGGUACCUUUGUGGCAGCCUCAAUGUUUAGACCACUAAUGAAUGAGUCAAAAGGUUUUCCACUGUAUAUUCAUUUUACGGGGUUUUUGAAGUAGUCAUUUUUAAUUGUGUAUUCAGAUAAAUCGAGCUCUUUAAAAAUCACACAAAGUACUUUGAUUUAAAAUGUCGAUGUGAAAAAGGGGGUUGAGUCAGCUCCAUGAAUUCAUUUAAAGCGAGAGUUUUUUUUAUAUAAAUGUGUUUUUAGGGUUUUUAAUAAGAUUUGAGCAUUAAAGUGACAGACAAAGGAGCACUAAAAACAUUUUUUUAUAUAAAUAUAUAUAUAUAUACACAUAUUUCUCUUUGAAAUUAAAUACAGAAUAAGUUGCUGCAUUUGGGUAAGCCUGUCAAAAGUAGAGUUCAUUGUCAUUUUCUUCGGUUUAAACGGUUUAAAUGAACUAUAAAAAUAAGAAUUUUGUCAACCAGCUUAACUACUAAAAGUAUUCUGUGCUGGACGCUUCAAGUUUUCUCUAAAACAUGUAGGUCAUCUGGAAUGCACUUAUUUCUACUCUCUGGGAAGAUCUGUGUUACACAAUAUAUGGGAUGAUUUCAUAUUUUGUGCUGUUUGUGCCAAACCAGCGUUCAUACCAGUAGUAGAUAGGCAUCUUAACUUUCUAAAAACAUUUCUCGUGUGAGGGGAAUUACUAGAACAAUUCUGCAAAUUUAACAGAAGGAUUUGUUUCUUCGGAUGAGUGUUAACUGAUUUGUGGAUGUGCCUUUCUCGCAUUGGCAUGGCAAUAAAAGCACCAAGAACUUCUACUUUA